AUGCACUCGCCAGAGUUCCCUACUGGGAUUGAGCCUAUCGGUCAGGGACAGACUCAAGAUAUUGCGGGUGCGUCGGGCUCUCAAACUCCGAUGGCUUCGUUGGAGGUACCCACCCAUACCGUAUACAUGUACCACCUGUGGCAAAACCUGAUACCUCCACCAGCAGAGCUUGCGGCGUACCCGACACCACCGCCACCUGGACCUAUUGUGUACCUGGCACCCGCAGAACUCGCGGCACCAGCACCCCCAGUGCCUACAGUGUACCCAACACCCGCAUCAGCGGUACAGGUUGCUCCAUUUUCGGUACCACCACCUACCGUACCUCCAGCCGCGGCCACCCAUAUCGACACCGUAGUACCACCAGUGGUAUAUGCUUCAGCUUAUGCAGCAGUACCGGGAGUACCUCCCCCGAUCUAUCUAGCAGUACUACCUGUACCACCAGCUCCGGGGAUUCCGCCAGUUCUCACGAUGAUCCCUACCCACCUCACUAAUAUUGUCGCGGCAUGA